UUUAGAUUAGGUAUUCUAUCUUCCUUGUUCCUCCAUGUUCUUUCACCAUUCUCCAUCUUUGUUAUAUAUGAAAUAUCUUUGUUUUUGAAGAUCCAAUUCAUUUUUUUUGAAAGAAAGAAAAAUUAGAUAAUGGCGAGGAGUAGAUUGUCAUCAUCUUCGAGUAAAUUUCGAUACUGUAAUCCAUCGUAUUAUUUGAAAAGACCGAAGCGUUUGGCUUUGCUUUUGAUUGUUUUCGUUUCGGCUACUUUUUUCGUUUGGGAUCGUCAAACUCUCGUUAGAGAACACGAGGUUGAAGUGUCCAAGAUAACUGAUGAAGUGCGCCGAUUACAAGAUACGCUGGAUGAAUUAAAGAAUAAGGCAGUGCCAGAGGAUCCCAUUGAAAUGCAAAGAAGAGAAAAAGUGAAGGAAGCUAUGGUUCAUGCUUGGAGUUCAUAUGAGAAGUAUGCAUGGGGCAAUGACGAACUUCAGCCACAGUCAAAAAAUGGUGUUGAUAGCUUUGGCGGUCUUGGUGCAACACUGAUAGACGCUCUUGAUACUUUAUAUAUUAUGGGUCUAGAUGAGCAGUUCCUGAAAGCAAAAGAGUGGGUUGCAAAAUCAUUGGAUUUUAACAAGGACUAUGAUGCCAGUGUUUUCGAGACAACCAUAAGAGUUGUAGGUGGACUUCUAAGUGCAUAUGAUCUUUCAGGGGACAAGAUUUUCCUUGAUAAAGCUAGAGAUAUUGCAGAUAGAUUGCUAGCUGCCUGGGAUACUGCCACUGGGAUCCCUUAUAAUGUUAUCAACUUGGCUCGUGGACAUCCACACAACGCUCGGUGGACCGGGGGUCGAAGCAUUCUUGCAGACUCAGGGACUGAACAACUGGAGUUUAUUGCUCUUUCACAAAGAACAGGAGAUCCCAAGUAUCAGGAGAAGGUGGAGAAGGUCAUAGUUGCACUUAAUAAAACUUUUCCGGCUGAUGGUCUGCUUCCCAUCUAUAUUAAUCCUGACAGUGGAACCAGUUCAAACUCCAUUAUAACCUUUGGUGCUAUGGGUGACAGCUUCUAUGAAUAUCUGCUCAAAGUCUGGAUCCAAGGAAACAAAACAUCAUCUUUAAAGCUUUAUAGAGAUAUGUGGGAGACAUCAAUGAAAGGUCUACAAAGCUUAAUUAGAAGAUCAACACCAUCGUCAUUUGCAUAUAUCAGUGAGAAAAAUGGGGAUUCGCUGACAAAUAAGAUGGACGAAUUAGCAUGCUUUGCUCCAGGAAUGCUGGCUUUAGGUUCAUCUGGUUAUGAUCCAGCUGAGGCAAAGAAAAUUUUCUCACUUGCUGAAGAGCUUGCUUGGACUUGUUACAAUUUUUACCAAUCCACACCAACAAAGUUAGCUGGAGAGAAUUAUUUCUUUAAUCCGGGACAAGACAUUAGUGUCGGCACAUCCUGGAACAUUUUGAGACCAGAGACAGUUGAAUCACUCUUUUACCUGUGGCGCCUAACUGGUAAUAAGACAUAUCAAGAGUGGGGUUGGAAUAUAUUUCAAGCAUUCGAAAAGAACUCUCGGAUAGAAUCUGGAUAUGUUGGAUUGAAAGAUGUUAACACUGGUAUCAAAGACAACAUGAUGCAAAGCUUUUUUCUUGCCGAGACACUGAAAUAUCUUUACCUUCUUUUCUCUCCACCAACGGUCAUCCCUUUGGAUGAAUGGGUAUUCAACACAGAAGCGCAUCCUUUACGAAUAGUUAACCGCGAUGAUGCAAAUUUCGCAGCAUUAGAAGGGCAGCAUAAACCAGUGAUUAAAAUACGAAACAGGAAGACCGGUCGAUUGAGUGGUAACUAGGAUACGUUUUCAUAUUGUUGUUCCUGGCUUAACUUAUACGAAAUUUUAAACCUCCAAGUAGAUGAGAAGCUAGAUGUUUAACGACAUCGUUUGUUGAAACGAAUAGAAUAGUAGGUCUCUGGCUUCCAUCGGAGAAGCAUGUGGCUCGAACCAAAUCCUUCGUUCCGAGUUAGUGUAAAAUGCUGUAAUCAUAGAUUCAUAUGGAUUGAAAUGCCCAUAUGUCAGAAUUUAGGCAACGAGUUUACAAUCAUUCUCUAGGAUUUUUGUCAUUAGAAUCUAACAGGCGUUGUAUAAAAGAAUGUCUACGAUUUCCCAAUGUUUA